AUGCCUGGCUAUGUAAAAAUGAUGAAGGACUUGAUGUCCCGCAAGUUUGACUUUCAUGUCUUGGCCACGGUUACAUUGAUUCAGACCUGCAGUGCUGUUGUGACGAGACCCAUAGCUGAGAAGUUGUCUGACCCAAGAAGUUUCACAAUCCCUUGCACAAUAGGGAACUAUGCAUUUGCUAAGGCACUGUGUGAUCUGGGGGCAAGCAUAAACCUUAUGCUCCUAGCUAUCUACAAAAGGCUAGGCAUUGGGCGAGCUAGACCCACGUCCAUGUUAUUACAACUGGCUGACCGGACAGUAAAGAGGCCCUCUGUUUUGGAGGACCAAGAUAAGGCAUUGAACACUAAAGACGCUCUAGCAGCCUGUCUCAUGAACUUAGAUGAAGCCAAUGGAGAAGACUUGGCAGAGUGGGUUUUCUCUUGA